CCCGCCUGGCUAUCGCCGUUGCAAUGGUCGCAAUAAGUACGAGUAGCCUAGAACCAUGACUGGUCUAGGGAAGCCUAAACACGAUCCUUGAGCGUUCCCCCUCGGUCGGCUUCACCACUCUUACCGAGGUCCCGACUCUCGAAUUCACGAUUCUUAACGCGUUCUUAAAACGGCUCUCUUCCAAUCUCGCUCGAUCUUGCCUCAUUCGUUCAGUCGCCGCUCGCCCUGUGCUCUACUGUAGUCCACUCACGCCGCGACGCUGCUCCUUUUUCUCGCGAGUAGGUGACUGACGCUGCCCCGCCAAUCUCCCUCGCUUUCGCCUUAUCCGUUCAGUCGCCGCUCGCCCUGUGCUCUACUCUAGCACUCCACUGAAACGGCGACGCGACGCUGCUUUUGAGGCGCCUCAAAACUCCACUGAAACGGCGACACGACGCUGCUCCGCAUUCGUCCCAGUCGUCUGGCGCUCAGCCUCCUCAGUCUUAGCUGCGGUCAAGCUUCGCAUUUGCUGAUGUCUUCGUCUGCCUCCUCUGCUGUUACAACGAUGUGUUACAGUUACAGCUAAGUGCUACUCUAGGCUCACUGUGUAGGACAGCCACAAAGUGCUGCAGCUACUUAUUGAAAUACUACAGCUAAGUACGAAGUCCUGCAGCUAAGUUCUGCUAACAGGAGUUUCAACUAGGCAGCAGCUGGCUGGUAGGAGGUUCAGCUAUCCGCCAUGGCGCAUCUCCUAAGCGAGCUGGAUCGCUUCGAAGAGGAGAUGCGCGCACUCGGCGCGGAGUCCUCUUCCGCCAAGGCCGUUCCGCCCCCCGCGCACCUCCUCGCGCAAGUGCCCCUUCCGCCCGCUCCGCCGCUCCCCGCUAGAGCCGCACCUCCCCUUUCCCCUGCUCCGCCUCCCCCUCGGCCGCCACCGCCGCUUCCCCCAGGGGCUUCUCCUGCGCGGCCCUCGCUUUCCCCCCUGCCCGCUCACCCUGGGCCUGUUCCGCCUGCCCCUUCCGCCGUCUCCCUGCGCCUGGUCGUCCGCCUUCCCCGCUUCCGCCACACGCCCUCCCCCCACCGCCCUCCGCCUUUCCUCCAACUCCGCCUUAUCGCCCCGCCGGUUCUUGGUCACAGUCUCCCGCCGCUACUCCCCCUGCUGCGCCUGUUGCGCCUUCCCCGCCCCUUCCCCCGCCAGCAUCAGGCGCACAAACCCAGUUUCCGCGCUACCAACCACCCGCGCGACCAUCGUUUCCGCCCUUUCCCCCCACACCCCCACCCGCGCAUUCACCCGUUCCGCCUUUCACUGGUGGCACGGGGGGGAGGACACAAUUUCCGCCACUUCCCCCCUCCGCCCCUCCCCUGCCGCUCCCCCUACGCGGAAAGUAUACGCUGCUGCGCCUGUGAAAGCGACCAAGGCGGAAGAGGCGGGGAGGGAAGGGGCGGAGGGGGAGGCGGAGAAAGAUGGUGGGGGAAAAGAGGGGGGAAAGGAGGCGGAAAAGUCAGCAGCUGCAGGCAAGCCCACUCCGCCAAUUCCUCCCCCUCCUCCGCCUGCGCCUACUGUCUCCGCCUCUCCGUUACCAACCGCACCAUCACCACCACCGCCAUCAGCAGCAGCAGCAGCAGCAGCAGGGGGGCCUUCAGCGGGGUAUGGGGCUGGUCCUAGUCACGCGGGUGUGACUAUAGGCAUGUCACAAUACGGAGGGGCAGCGCCAUAUGCAGCAGGGGGAGGGCUUGGCGGAGUGGGGGGGGGUUUGGAGCGAUGGGGGGGCAGUAUGGGGCGGGGAGCAACGGGCAGGGAACAUCACUGUCAGAAUUCCUGGCCAACCCCAAUGCAGCGAGAGCGGCUGGAAAGCCCAUCAACUCACAGGCGGAGCAGCUGUUUCAAAGGGAUGCAGCAAUGAUCAACCCAGCAGCGCUCGAGGGAGUCAAAGCUGCCCUGGCCAGUGGCAUGCCGCUGGGCGUGGCCGGGCAGGCUGCCGGGCAGCAAAAGAAAAAGCGGCCAGUGCCAAGAACUGCAGCGGGGCAGAAGUGGGAAGAUCCGACACUCACGGAGUGGCCUGAGAAUGACCACCGUCUCUUUUGCGGUAAUCUGGGCAACGAGGUCAAUGAUGACGUGCUUGCAAAGGCGUUUCAGAAAUACGCUUCAUUUAACAUGGCCAAGGUGGUGAGGGACAAGAACUCGGGCAAGACCAAGGGGUAUGGCUUCGUGAGCUUCGGUGAAGUGAUGGACUGUGCUGCUGCGCUCAAAGAGAUGAACGGGAAGUACGUGGGCAAUCGACCAAUCCAAUUGAGGAAGAGCACGUGGAAGGAAAGAGUUGACACGGAGGCUCUCCAGUCUCGAAACCGGGGUAGCCGGCCAAAAGAGAAGCGUCAAAAGAAAAACAUUCUGCAUCGAUGACACCUGGUGCCCAACGACACUGACAGCAUGACCCCGCAUCCUCAAUGGCACAUAUGAUUGACCUAAUGGAAGAGUUGACCAUUACUCAGGAAGUGUAAUUCAAUGUUUGAGUAGCCAAUGUAUUGUGCUUUGAAGAUUUGUGCUGGCACGUUUCCCAAACAAGCUUUGGAGCAUGGAAGAGUGGAAAGAGAUGAGAAUUCUUCUGGGAAGAGGUAAUGUACUUCCAAAAAUCAUGAGGAUCGAUCCAUCACUUUUUUAUUCAUAUUGAUUGUGUUGUAUAUUGAUCAUGUACCUUAACAUGAGGCC